AUGGCUGAUAAGAAGAAAAACGCCGUCAACUACGCGGAGUCCAGUGACAGCGAAGACGAGCAGCAGCCUCAGAUCGAAGAGACCGUUGACGUUUCGAAGCUAAAUAAAGCCGAGCUAGAAAGGCGUAACAGAUACUUGUUAAAUUGUGAUCCUAAGGUUGCCAAAGAAAAUGACGUGGACGACUCGACCAAGCGGUUCAAAUACUUGUUAGGUCUUACUGAUCUAUUCCGCUACUUUAUCGAUAUCAACAUGUCGAAGGACCCCAAGUUUAAGAAGUUGAUCAAACUGAUCGACGGACAGAUAAACUUCAAGCAGCCUGCAAAGAAACAGAAGAAGGGCCGCAGAAAGACCGAGAAGGAGGAGGACGCUGAGCUUCUUGAAGAUGAAGAACAUAUGGGCGACGAUGCCGAACAAAGAACAGUCCUUACUACGUCGCCUAAUUACAUCAAGGGCGGUACGUUGAGGGAAUACCAGAUUCAAGGUCUCAACUGGCUUAUAUCGCUUUAUGAGAAUAGACUCAGUGGUAUCUUGGCUGACGAAAUGGGUCUUGGUAAGACAUUGCAAACUAUUUCGUUCUUGGGCUACCUUCGAUACAUAAAGAACAUUGACGGGCCUUUCAUUGUUAUUGUGCCCAAAUCUACACUUGAUAACUGGAGAAGAGAGUUCCAAAGAUGGACCCCAGACGUGAACGUAUUGGUCCUACAGGGUAACAAGGAGGACCGUCAGAAGAUCAUCAAGGAGAGGCUUCUUACAGCAAAGUUCGACGUCUUAAUCACUUCUUUUGAAAUGGUCAUCAGAGAGAAAGCGCAACUCAAGAAAUUCCGCUGGCAAUACGUUGUGGUGGAUGAAGCACACAGAAUCAAAAACGAAUCCAGUUCGCUUUCCCAGAUCAUUCGUCUAUUCUAUUCCAAAAACCGUCUUCUAAUAACGGGUACCCCCUUACAGAACAAUUUGCACGAGCUUUGGGCCCUUCUAAACUUCCUUUUACCCGAUGUCUUCGGUGAUUCGAAUGUCUUUGACGAAUGGUUUAACACUAACCAAGAAGAUUCAGACGAAAAUGACCAGGAUAAGGUCGUUCAGCAACUUCAUAAGGUGUUGAGCCCGUUCCUCCUUAGACGUGUUAAAGCUGAUGUUGAAAAGUCCUUGUUACCGAAGAUUGAGACGAACGUUUACAUCGGUAUGACCAAUAUGCAAGUUCAAUGGUACAAGAAACUUCUUGAAAAAGACAUUGAUGCUGUCAACGGUGUGGUUGGCAAAAGAGAAGGAAAAACUAGAUUGCUUAAUAUUGUCAUGCAAUUGAGAAAGUGUUGCAAUCAUCCAUACUUGUUUGAUGGCGCUGAACCUGGUCCUCCCUACACGACCGAUGAACAUUUGGUCUUCAAUGCCGGUAAGAUGAUCAUUCUUGACAAGAUGCUUAAGAAGUUCAAGGCCGCAGGAUCAAGAGUAUUGAUCUUCUCUCAGAUGUCCCGUUUAUUGGAUAUUUUGGAGGACUACUGCUUCUUCAGAGACUACGAAUAUUGCCGUAUUGAUGGUUCCACUUCUCAUGAAGACAGAAUCGAAGCUAUCGAUGACUAUAAUGCAACCGAUCUGGAGAAGUUCAUCUUCUUGUUGACGACAAGAGCCGGUGGUUUAGGUAUCAAUUUGACAUCGGCUGACAUUGUCAUCCUUUAUGAUUCGGAUUGGAACCCUCAGGCUGAUUUGCAGGCCAUGGACAGAGCACACAGAAUUGGCCAGAAGAAGCAAGUCCAGGUGUUUAGGUUCGUCACUGAGAACGCCAUCGAAGAGAAGGUUCUUGAUAGAGCAGCCCAGAAGCUUAGACUUGAUCAGUUGGUCAUUCAGCAGGGCAGACAAUCUACAGGCAGUAGCAUUGGUAACACUACGGAUGAUUUGCUUGGCAUGAUUCAACACGGUGCUAAGGAGGUUUUCGAAUCCAAGGGCUCAGCAAUGCUUGAUGAUGAUGUGGAUGCAAUCUUAGCCAGAGGACGCGAGAAGACAGCAACUCUUAAUGCCAAGUUCAACAAACUCGGUCUUGACGAUCUUCAAAACUUUACUUCAGAUGCAUCUGUGUAUGAGUGGAAUGGUGAGAAUUUUGCAAAGCGUGCCAACGAAGGUCUAGGCCUCUCAUGGAUCAACCCAUCCAAGCGUGAGCGGAAAGAGCAAACAUACUCUGUUGACAGUUAUUACAAAGACAUGCUCAAGGCCCCUGGUGGGGUUAACAAGCAGGGCGCUCCAGUCAAAAUGAGGCAGCCCAAGGUGUAUCAUUACCAGGAUCAUCAAUUCUUCCCUCGUGAGCUUCGUAAGCUUUUGGAAAGGGAGCAACUCGCAUACAAGAAAGCUACCAACUACCAAUAUUCCCUAGAUGAUUUUGGUGAUAGUGACGAAGAAUUCUUGAACGAAGAUGAUAAUGAAGGACUUGAACGUGAAGAAAGAUUGGCUCUUGAACAGAAGCGUAUUGCCGAUGCCGAACCGCUCACUGAAGAAGAACUAGAAUUGAAGGAAAAGUUGCUAGCGGAAAGUUUCCAUUCAUGGUCAAGGAGAGAUUUCACAAAUUUCAUCCAUGCGUCUGCAAAGUAUGGUAGACAAAACUGUAAGCAAAUCGCCAAAGCUUUGUCUCGAGACUUGGAUGAAAUCGAAAGAUAUGCCAAGAAGUUCUGGGAGAACUACAAGGAAAUCGAAGGACAUGAGAAGUACGUGUCUCAGGUGGAAGCUAGUGAAAGAAAAGCAUCUAAGAUGCUUAAUCAGCAGAGAAUACUCGCUAGUAAGAUCGAAGAAGCCGAAGAUCCUCUUGAAGAGUUGAAGAUACAGUACCCUCCAAACAACUCAAAACGUAUCUAUUCCAAACUUGAAGAUCGUUUUAUUUUGUUCUGCGUCAACAAACAUGGCAUAUUUUCAGACAGGUUGGGAGAGAAAAUUAAAGAAGAGAUACACGCAAGUGACCUAUUUAGGUUCGACUUCUACAUGCUUUCCAGAACUCCACAAGAAAUAAGCAGGAGAGUCAAUACUUUGAUGCUUGCCCUCGCCAGAGAGAAUGAUGGUGGACAGGGCAAAAAGAGAGGAAAACAGGCCAGCAGCACUCCAAACGGAAUAGUCAAGCAAGGUUCUGAAGACCCUCAACUGCAUGAAGAAGCCGCUACUGCCAAUGGGAACGGAACAGCAUCUAAAAGAAAGACAGUGGAUGAGGCGACGGAGGACGACGGCGCUAAGAAAAUAAAAACCGAGGUUGCUACAUGA